GAGUUGGUUGGCAUCACUGACCAGCUGUGCGAGUUGAAAAGAAAUUCAUGUUAAAUCGAGUAUUAAUUAUUUGCUAAUAUUGGAAAGAUGGCAAACGAAAUGGCCCACCGGAUGAGGGCAAUCAAGUGCCCCACGGACGAACUAUCGCUGACCAACAAGGCAAUUGUGAAUGGAUCCGAUUUCACCGAGGAGGUCAAAUAUGUUGACAUCUCGACGGGGCCGGGACUGCACUUUAUAUUUGCGCUGGAGAAGAUUAGCGGCGCAGAGCUGCCACGGGGCCACGUCGGAUUUUCGCUGGUCCAAAGAAAGUGGGCCACGCUCUCCAUUAACCAGGAGAUAGAUGUCCGACCGUACCGGUUCGAUGCCAGUGCGGAUAUCAUUACCCUGGUGUCCUUUGAGACGGAUUUCCUGCAGAAAAAGACCACCACGCAGGAGCCAUACGACUCGGAUGAGAUGGCCAAAGAGUUUCUCAUGCAAUUCGCCGGCAUGCCCCUGACCGUUGGACAAACACUUGUGUUUCAGUUCAAGGAUAAAAAGUUUUUGGGUCUGGCGGUGAAAACCCUGGAGGCUAUCGAUCCCAGAACCGUGGGAGAUUCGGCACCCAAAGCCAGAAAUGUACGUUUCGGUCGCAUUCUGGGUAACACUGUGGUGCAGUUCGAAAAGGCUGAGAACUCUGUACUAAAUCUUCAAGGACGCUCCAAGGGAAAGAUUGUCCGCCAGUCCAUCAUUAAUCCGGACUGGGAUUUUGGCAAAAUGGGUAUCGGUGGCCUGGACAAGGAGUUCAAUGCGAUAUUCCGGCGAGCCUUUGCGUCGCGUGUCUUUCCACCGGAACUGGUGGAGCAGCUGGGCAUUAAGCAUGUGAAGGGCAUUCUCCUGUACGGACCGCCUGGCACGGGCAAGACCCUAAUGGCCCGCCAGAUAGGAACCAUGCUGAAUGCCCGCGAGCCAAAGAUCGUUAACGGUCCACAGAUCCUGGACAAGUAUGUCGGCGAAUCGGAGGCAAAUAUUCGACGCUUAUUCGCGGAAGCCGAGGAGGAGGAGAAGCGCUUGGGACCCAACAGUGGAUUGCACAUCAUCAUCUUCGAUGAGAUCGAUGCUAUAUGCAAGGCUCGUGGCUCGGUGGCUGGAAAUAGCGGUGUCCACGAUACGGUGGUCAAUCAACUGCUGGCCAAAAUCGAUGGUGUGGAGCAGCUGAACAAUAUUUUAGUGAUAGGUAUGACCAACAGGCGGGACAUGAUCGAUGAGGCACUGCUAAGGCCCGGACGCUUGGAAGUCCAAAUGGAGAUUAGCCUGCCAAAUGAGCAAGGACGCGUCCAGAUCCUCAAUAUACACACCAAGCGGAUGCGAGACUUUAACAAGAUAGCCAGCGAUGUGGACAACAACGAAAUUGCGGCCAGGACAAAGAACUUUAGCGGUGCAGAGCUGGAAGGAUUGGUCAGAGCGGCUCAAUCCACAGCCAUGAAUCGAUUAAUCAAAGCGGACUCCAAGGUUCAUGUGGAUCCAGAGGCCAUGGAAAAAUUGAAAGUAACCCGCUCCGACUUUUUGCACGCCUUGGAGAACGACAUAAAGGCCGCCUUUGGAACCGCCCAGGAGAUGCUGGAGAAUAUGCUGGCACGUGGAAUUAUCAAUUGGGGUCCACCGGUCACCGGACUCCUGGAGGACGGGCUACUGUCUGUGCAGCAAGCCAAGGCCACCGAGGUCUCGGGAUUGGUAUCUGUACUGAUCGAAGGUGCUCCCAACUCUGGUAAAUCGGCUUUGGCCGCCAAUCUGGCCAAGAUGAGCGAUUUCCCGUUCGUCAAGGUCUGUUCACCGGAGGAUAUGGUAGGUUUCACCGAAUCCGCCAAGUGCCUGCACAUCCGCAAGAUCUUUGACGACGCCUACCGCUCCACAUUAAGCUGCAUUGUGGUGGACAAUGUGGAGAGAUUGCUGGACUAUGGCCCAAUCGGACCACGGUACUCCAAUCUCACGCUGCAGGCCCUGCUGGUGCUGCUUAAAAAGCAGCCGCCCAAGGGCCGCAAACUACUUAUCCUAUGCACUUCCAGCCGUCGAGAUGUUCUCGAAGAGAUGGAAAUGCUACCGGCCUUUACAUCCGUGCUUCACGUGUCCAAUCUCUCAAGACCGGAGCAUGUUCUUGCCGUGCUAGAUGAUUCCGAUUUUUUCAGUCCGGAAGAACUGCAGAGUAUCGCAAGGAAAAUGGCCGAUAAGCGAGUGUGCAUCGGUAUCAAGAAGCUACUGGCUCUCAUCGAUAUGGUCAGGCAAUCGGAGCCACAUCAACGGGUUAUCAAGUUCCUCAGCAAAAUGGAGGAGGAGGGCGGCAUGGAUCUAGUGUCCAGAACGGACUAGCUACCGCCCAUCUCCGAGCUGAGGCUAUCCGUUGUGGAGCUAAACGAUGCCUUUUGAAAGCCAAGUGUACAUUCCACAGCACAGCAUCAUCAUGCAGCGGGGGUGGGUCGACUUGAUUGCCAAGACAUUAAUAGCUCAUUAAUGAAUCGUUUAAGAACAAAUUCUCCAUUUAAAAAUAGAAAUCCUAAAUGUCAAAGUUCCCUUAAUUCAUUUUUAAAAUCAAAGGACUCUUGAUAAAAGGGUAUAAUUCCAAAAAUUUUAAAAUUUUCGAGUUUCAAACUAAAUUCACUGAAUCGGCGAUUCACUGGUUUCAGAGCUUGAAACAUUAGAAACUUGAUUGAUUUCUGGAAAUGUGUAAUUUUAAUAAGAGUCGAUUACUGUAAAAAUAUAAUAUUUAAUAUAUUUCUUUGUUAUGGUUUUCCUAAGGCACUGCAAUGGUCGACCCACCCUAGAAGCACCUAUUAUUUUUAAUACUUUUUCAGUUUUAAAAAUACUAUUAACAAGGAGCUGAAGUAGCGUGGAUCAUCAUCAAAUCCCGAGUGUAAUUAGUUUUCCCCUUUAGGUAUAUGUGACUUUAUUACUACAAUUUAUUAUUUUAUUAACGUUUUAUUAAAACUAUUCAAAGGCACACACAACCAACAACAUUUAUUUGAGUUUAUUGGACACUUUUUUAAACCAACGAACUUUAACUAAGGAUCAAGACACAUAAAAAAACCUCCAAUUUAGAUACGACAAAAUAGUUACGCACAUAAAUAUACAAAUUUAUACAAAAAAAAAAA